AUGUCGACAGGGCUCGCAGUUCGUAAGUUUUCCAGGUCACCCCGAGCUCUAUUGACCGCCUUCCUGGUCUCGGGCCUGAAUGGGAUUGAAAAUAACGAGGCAUAUCGCAUCGAAACAGUGGCAAAGCUUGGCCUGGGUGCACAUAUCUACACGAUUCCGGAUGACCGUGUACGGUUGAUUUUGAAAAUGACCAUCUGGCUCACGAUCCCCACCUUUAACCUGACAACAGCCCUCGCCAAGUCGUCGAUCCUUGUUUACUUCCUCAAGUUCACCAUGUCCAAGCCCUGCAUCGGCUUCAUCUACGGCACUCUUGUCACAGUGGUGCUCUACUGUAUCAUGGCCGCGGUCUCGAUAAUGGCGUGCGCGAACAAGGAAGCCAGCUCUCAGGCUAGGCAAGUGGCCAACACCGUUUUCGCCGUGGCCGCCUUCUUCAACACGGUCACGGACCUGGUUAUCCUGCUGCUGCCACUAUGGCUGGUCAGGCCGUUACAGAUGCCUUUCAAGAGGAAAGUUGGGGUUGGACUGGUGCUGAUGGCCGGUGGCUUCGUCGUCGGCGUCAGCAUACAGCGCGUCACGGUGGCCUUGAACCUUCCCAACGCGGAUGACAUCAUAUUCCGGGGCGGAAUCUCAGCUUUAUGGGGCUGCGUGGAGAUCUGGUCAGGGAUAACGUGCGCAUGUCUACCGACGCUGAAGCCAUUCAUCGGAUACAUCAUGGGGCCCAAGAAUUCACCGCGGAGAUAUACACCUCCUCCGUCGGAACAGACAAGGCUCGACAAGAGCAAUAGGAUGAGCGGUCGGCCGCAGUCCGGGGACCCGUGGGCCUUAUCGACCGGGCAGACCAGAAAUUCGAUGGCCGUAUUGGAGCCGCCCGAGCAGGCGUGGAUUGCAAGCAACUUGCGCAGGGGAAUGGGCUCUGCAUGUACUUGUACGGCAGAAAAGGGCAAGCGCCAGCUUGAACCGGAUCAAAUGUGUUGA